AUGACUAAUGAAUAUUUUCAUUUAUAUAAUAGUGAGGUAUCUGAUAAUGAUGAUUACAAAAAUUGCUUAUAUUCAUUGAGAAUAAACACUGAUACUAAUGAAUGGCAAUUAGUACCUUACUGUAUUCGUCACAAUACAAGCAAACUGAACGACACAAAUGAUCAAUGUUAUGAUGAUCCUAUACAUACGUUUGAGCAGUUAAAACUAAAGAAAAUUGACAAUUAUGAUUUAUACAGAUGGAAUGCACCUAUCGAUACGAUCAAUAAUUAUCAGAAAUAUAUUGUGACAAACGAUUUAUCACUGGCUAAUCAUCAUUAUUGUAACUGUUCAGCAAAUUGGUUUGGUUCUCGAUGUCAAUAUUCGUUCAACUAUUCAUCUGAAAAUCCCGAAUUGAAUAAAAUAAUUGAUGGACAAUUUCUUAUUAAAUAUCCGUUAAGUGAAGACUAUACGAUUACUGAUGAUAUUUCAAUGUUAACAUGUUAUGUAGGUCUUCAGUGUCAUUCAACUAUUUGUCUCGAUUGGCGAGAGAUCUGUGAUGGUAUUUUAAAUUGUGAGAAUGGUGAAGAUGAACCUGAUGAGUGUUUAUUACUUGAAACAAAUGAAUGUGAAGAUAAUGAAUAUCGUUGUCGAUAUGGUAUGUGUAUUCCAAAAACAUUUCUUCGUGAUUUUAGUCAUGAUUGUAUGGAUCUAAGUGAUGAGAAACCAAUAUCUAAUUCACUAAGACAAUAUUAUUCUUCUUGUUACAGUUCAUCAAAAGUUGAAUGUGAUUUUCAUCUCUGUAAAAUAAAUGAAUAUUCAUGUGGUGAUGGACAGUGUUUAUUGUUUGAAAAUUUCGCUCGUCUUUGCUCGAUUUUUGAAGAUUGUCUAAGUCAAUGCAAUAAUGGGCGUGAUCUAUUUUUUCGUCGGAAUCUUUUCCAUUUUGAUAUUUCCAUUGGUAUUAACAAUUCAAAUAAUAUCAGUUUUGAAUGUCAAUUUUUAAUGUUAUGUAUUUCUGGAGAAUUAAAUGUAAAAUUCUUUGGAUAUGACUAUACCAAAUGUUCAUGCUUUAAUUCGAAUAAAGAAGAAAAACGAUGUUUAAAAUAUUUUCGAGAUUAUUGUCCGACAUUAUUUAUUGGUCAAACUUCUAUUAAUAUUCUCUAUCCAUUCGGUAAAUUGAUUUAUAUUAAUAAUCCGAAUUCUUCUGUCAAGUGGUACUUACCAACUUAUCUCUGUCAUAAAUCAAAUCGUUGUCCUGCUUUAUCAAAUAUAAGUUUUCCACUGUUCAAUAAUUUAUCGUGUUUAGAUUUACACAAAUUUCCAGAUUGGAUUGAUGAACCAUCGAAAGUAUUGAUGCGAUUUUCUGCCUGUGGUAUUACUUAUAAUCCAAUAUUAACAACCGACAAACGAUUAUUCUAUUGCACAAAAUCGAUGAAAAUUAUUUCGAAACAUAAAUUUCUCGAUAAUUCGCCUGACUGUAUUGAUGAUGAAGAUGAGAGAUACAUAUCUAACACUACCACGAUGGGCGUUGCCAAUGCUAAUAUAAUAGAUCGUUUCAAAUGUUGGUCCAGCAGAAAUCGCUGGGUGCCACGUUGGUUGUUGGACCUCAAACUUUGUUUGCUUGAUGAUGAUGUUGUAUUAUACGAUGAUAUGUGUAUAGCAGCGUCUGACAUUGGUUGUGGGUUUCUUCGAGGUCUUAAUUCAUCACCUCUUCUGCUUCCAUAUCAGGAGAACUGUAAUGAUAUGUUAAUAUUAUUUUCUCCAAAUAAUGAAGUAGAUGAAACAGAUGAAACAAAUUGUGAGGAAUGGCCAAAAUAUCGAUCAUGCGAUGGUUAUUGGGAUUUGAAAAAUGGAGAAGAUGAAUUAAAUUGUUCAAAUACAACUACUUCCUACAUCACACGAACAAUUUUAAAAUGUCAUGAGAAUGAACAUUAUUGUAUACAUCAAAAUGGAACAAUGGGCUGUAUAUCAAAAAAAUAUGCAGGAGAUUAUAUAGAUCAUUGUUUGGGAGGAACAGAUGAAAAGCCAACAACAUGUUUUUAUACAGAUGCUCAAAAACCUUUUCGAUGUUCAGUAAAUGGUGAAUGUAUAUCGUUAUCUUCUAUCUGUGAUGGGGAGUUUCAAUGUUCUAAUGGUCAAGAUGAGAUGGUUUGUCCAUGGUCACACAACAGGACUGAAGAGCAAUUAUAUAUGUUUAUCUGUAAAAAUGGAACCGGUAUUUUACGUAAAAAGCAGUGUGAUGGAAUCAUUGACUGUCAACCAGACGCCGAAGAUGAGUGGCUUUGUGAUCUCGCAUACCAGAAAAUAAAAGAUUAUUUCCAUUUUAUUGAAGAAUAUCCUCGUCUUCUUCGCAUUGAUUCACCACAUCAAAUAAUUAAGAGUACUUCUCAUCAAUCUAUACAAUUAGCAUCAGAUGAUUUCUGGUGGCCGUUAAAUGAUUUGCGUCUGGAUUGGUAUUGUAAUCGAGGUCUAAUCGUUACAACGAGGUCUUCUAAUAUCGAAUGUUUAUGUCCACCUAGCUACUAUGGUAAAAGAUGUGAAUACCAAUCAGAACGUAUAUUAAUUACUCUACGGAUUGAUACGCCAGCUAAUUAUAGUAGACAUCAAAGUCAACAAAAUGUUAUUCGAUUACUUGCUCGUUUGAUGAUUGAUAACAGAGUUGUUCAUCAUGAAGAUAUUUUCCAUAUGCGAUCGAUGAAGCAACUAUUUUGUUUGAAUUAUCCUCGACCACCACCAAAGCAGCGAGGAAACUGGUCUGUUCGUUUUGAUGCAUUUUCCGUGAACAAGUUCAGUGUUACUUUCAUAGCUUCUUGGUUAUUUGAUGUAUCCUUCUCCUUCCUUCCUUUUAAUCGUCUUAUCUUACAUUUAACUCUUGAAGAACACAAAGUCUGUACUACAUUCCCGUGUGUGCAUGGUAAUUGUAGAAAAUAUUUGAAUUUUCCACAUUACCAGUAUUGCUUAUGUGAUGAAAAUUGGUCUGGUCAAUACUGCAAUAUUUCUACUCCCUUCCCGUAUGCUGCAGGUGGAAAGUGCUUUGAUGGAUAUCGAACACCGAUUUGUGUUUGUCCUCUCAGUCGUAUGGGACACGAUUGCCAUGCAUUAUUCGAUCCAUGUAAUAAUAUUCAGUGUCAAAAUGGUGGUACGUGUAUUCCAUUGGAUAGUCGACUAUUUAUCAAAUAUAUUUGUGCAUGUCGUAAUCGUUAUUAUGGAAUUCAUUGCGAAUUCAUCAGUGCUCAAGUCGAUAUUUCCUUUUCCAAAAGUCUUUUAGAUUACAAUCACUUAUUAUCAACUACUGUAUUUGCUCAUUUUCUAAGUACAAAUAAUCAUACUCCUGGUAUAUUAUCUGUAGAAAAUCGUCUCCUUUACAAACAAGUGAAAUUGAAUGAACGACUUCAUAUUUUCAACGAGAAUCAUGAAUAUAUUUCUCAAUUUGUUCUCCUGCAAAUAUUUUUUAAACCUAAUCACUUCAGAUAUUAUAUUGCAACGAUCAUCAAAAACCGUGUAAAAUAUAUCAUUACAACAAUUCAUAAGACAAAUCAAUGUCCUUAUGUGGAUGAAGUGCUUCGAAAUAGAACGAUCCGCCAAUUCCCUUCAAUGAAAAAGAUCAAAUAUUAUUACCAUGUCUGCAAAGAAAACAAUGUCCUUAAAUGUUUCUAUGAUGAAGCUUAUUUAUGUUUCUGUGAUAAAGAUCGUCAACCUCAAUGUUUCAUAUUUCAACAAAUAUCUGAACAAUGUACAACAAAUUAUUGUCAUAAUAAUGGUCAAUGUGUGAAGAAUUCUUUUGAUGGAGUAUGGGAUUUUGCUUGUGUUUGUGGUGGAUGUGCGUAUGGUUCACUCUGUCAGCUGACAACAUCUCAGUAUGCACUUUCAUUAGAUCCCAUGCUUGGUCUGGAUAUUCUUGCAAAUAUAUCAUUGACAAAUCAACCGUUUCUAAUUAAAUUAAUACUAAUAAUUAUUAUUCUAAUUCUUUCACUGGGACUAUUAUCUAAUGCACUAUCAUUAAUUACUUUCAAGCAACCCAAACCAGUUGGGGUUGUUCGUAUUAACUGGUCGAUUUUUCUAUUUUCUGUGUACACAACUGUACACUGUGAAUAA